AUGGUCGAGGGACGGCCGCAGAAGGUGCUCAAUGUUUGGCUGCUGUCUGGGUCGAAGUUGGCGGAGGCUCCCCUGGAAGAGGGCCCGCUCCAAGAUGUGGGGGCGUUGAAGAUCUUCUUAAAGGACUUGUGUGGGCUCCCGCCAUUCCUGCAAGUGCUCCUGUACGAUCAAGUGCUGUUGGACGACUCCGCCCGGCUAGAUGCCUUGCCUGGUCAGGACGUGCAGCUUGCGUUCGUACCCAUCUCUGAACCCACCCAAGGCCAGCGAGCGGAGCUCUACCAAGGACUCUACGAGGCAUCCCGGGCAGGCUUUGUGGACGUGUCUCGCCUGCUGCUGCACGCCCGGGCGGAUGCCCGUGACGGGCAAGCAGCCUUGGCGAUCCACGAGGCGUCGGAGCGAGGGAAUGUGGAGCUCCUGCAGCUACUGGGCUGCUGCUGCAAGCAGCUGCGGACCCAUGCCAAGUCCUUGAGAAGCACCGGCGCCGGCGACUGCAGGAGGCGCCGCUCCUGGCGGCCGCCGACUGCGGCCACGUUGACGUGGCGCGCUUGCUGCUGCACUUCCAGGCAGACCCGAAGGCUUUGA